AAGCCAACAGAAUUCCCUGACAGCAUGGGGCACAGACACACAAUUCAUUUUAUUAAUAAGCCUCCUUGCUGAUUAAGUCCUAUGAUCAGUCCAGUAAGCAAUGGUUUGUCAGUUACACUGCAUAUUUACAGACCAUGGAGAUAUUGGACCCUGACAGGGACCCUGGUGUUAGCUGUCUUUACAGCUGUGUUGGCCUCACUGCAGUUUGGAUAUGGCCUCGGCGUCAUCAAUGCUCCUCAAAAGAUUAUUGAGAAUCACUAUACACGGGUUUUACUAGAAGGCAGUGAAAAUGAGACAGAUACAAAAUCAGCAGAAACCUCUGUCAGAAUGUACUGGUCCCUCUCUGUAUCUGUAUUCUCCUUGGGAGGGAUGGUAUCUUCAUUCUUUGUUGGAUGGAUUGCAGAUAAACUUGGAAGGAUUAAAGCCAUGAUGGCUAUAAACAUUCUGGCAGUUACUGGGGCUAUUCUGAUGGGACUGGCUCCAUUAGGUCAAGCACACGCUCUUGUCAUUGCUGGCAGAUUAAUCACAGGUCUUUACUGCGGUCUGGCAUCAGGACUGGUUCCCAUGUAUGUCGGAGAGAUCUCCCCAACAACACUUCGAGGAGCUUUAGGAACUUUGAAUCAGUUGGCUAUUGUCACAGGGAUUCUCAUUAGUCAGGUGGUCGGGCUGGAAUUUAUUUUGGGCAGUGAGACUCUUUGGCCUGUUCUGUUAGGCUUGUCAGGUGUCCCUGCUGUCGUGCAGACCAUCCUACUCUUCUUUUGCCCUGAAAGCCCCAGAUUUCUGUUAAUCAAACUUGGGAAGCUGGAAGCAGCUAAAAGAAACUUAAUAAGGCUCAGAGGAGACUAUGAUACAACAAAAGACAUUGAAGAGAUGAAAAAGGAAAAGGAAGAAGCUGAAAGUGAAAAAAAAGUUUCCAUCAUACAGUUAUUCAAAUCUUCUAAUUACCGACAGCCUCUAAUUGUUUCUCUUGUGCUUCAUAUCUCUCAGCAGUUUUCCGGAAUCAAUGGAAUCUUUUACUACUCUACAAGCAUUUUUACUAGAGCAGGUAUUAGCCAACCAGUAUAUGCAACUAUUGGAGUCGGUGUUGUUAACACAGUAUUCACAGUGGUUUCGGUUUUCCUUGUAGAGAAGGCAGGUAGAAGAUCCCUCUAUUUGGUUGGCUUAGCAGGCAUGUGCGUCUGCGCUAUUGUUAUGACUAUUGCGUUGGCACUUCUGACUCAGUAUGCUUGGAUGAGUUACCUGAGUAUGGUCGCCAUUUUCCUCUUUGUGGUUUUCUUUGAAGUUGGUCCAGGUCCUAUUCCUUGGUUCAUUGUUGCUGAAUUAUUCAGUCAAGGCCCACGACCUGCAGCUAUGGCGGUGUCUGGGUUCUGUAACUGGACAUGCAACUUUAUCAUUGGGAUGUGUUUCGAGUACAUAGCUGAUGCCUGUGGGCCAUAUGUAUUCAUCAUUUUUGCCGUACUCCUUUUUAUAUUCACCGUUUUCACAUACUUUAAAGUCCCGGAGACCAAGGGCAAGUCAUUUGAUGAGAUAGCUGCCGAGUUCCGAAAGAAGAAACUUCCAACCCACAAAGGAGUUAAAUCUACUGAAAUGGAGUAUUUGGGAACUAGUUCAGAAGCAUGAAUAUUUCCAGCAAGUGCAAAAACAAAUUCAUUUUUUAAAAAAUAUAUAUAUACACAUACAUGAUAUACAGGGUAUUACCAGACGACUGCAAUGUUUUUAUAGACAAUUAUUUUUAUAAUGCUAAACUAAAGGCGUGGUUGAAUGCUUGUGGCCACUUUAAAGCGAUAAAGAGGUGUCUAAUCACAGUCAUUCAGCUGAUGUACAACUCCCAUGAGUCUAAGGAUGCUGAAUUGCAGUUGCACAACAGCUUUGAAGCCAAAGAUGCAAUCUCUGUAUUCAACAUAACAUAUCUUUGUUACUGGCCUAUACAAAAAUGCUUGUGUUGGCGCAGAAUCCAGUGAUAUCUGUUAUAAGUCUGACGGAUCUGUAGUGUUGGAACUUGGUCAUUAUCCCACAUCUGAUUGAGCGCUGAUGUCCCUAUGUUUCUGCAUGGUUUUGCACAUGAAUAUUUACUUUAGUGGCUUUGAACAAGGAGCAUUAUGGUAAUAACACAGAAUGAUGGGGUAUUAAGAACCAUGGUAAGAAGUGACAGUUCUAUAAUAAUAACCACCAGGUUAAGGUGACCAUAGAUUUUACAAUUACGAUCUUUCCUGGAAAAGAUCUUUUCCAGUUUCAAUACACAUGAUCUGAAUCGUCAGAUAUACAGGUAGAAACAAUAGACUACUACCUGUAUCUGGCCAAUGUUCAGGUGCCUUCAAAGGCGACCAAUCAACGACCGUCGAGCCGCCCGAUAACCAAGCCUUCUGCCGAUAUAUAGGUUGGCUCGUCUCCUACCAUACACUCACCGAAUAUUGUACGAAAAUUUUUUUGUACAAUAUUAUUGGUGCGUCUAUGGCCACCUUUAGUCUCACAUCUUUUCUCUGAAUCAUUACCAGUAGGGUGUCCUGGCAUUUCCACUGUACAGGUAUCGUGAAAACAGGAAUUCCUGGUGUUUCUAAGGACAUAUCUAAGAAACAGUGGAUACAGAAUACCAUACAUAGCAUUUUAAAGCCUACAAAAUGAACAAAGUUAUUCAGAAAUAGUAUCCAUUAACACUAAAUGCAGUCCUCCACAACACUGUCAGCCAAAGCUAGUUUAAAAUUCUGUAUUAAGUAUGAAUGUGUGCUAGCGUGAACAAAGGGAUCUACACUUUAAGAUGAGACUCAGUGUAAUUAAAUACAGUCCUGAAAUACAUUUCCCUAAGAGGAAAGUGUUUCUUGACUUCGCUACAAUUUCAACUACUGGGAAACUUUUGGAUCCCCCAUAUUUGUAAAUCUGCCCCUAAAUGUCUUCCUGUAAACUGAUAUCUGCAGUAUAUGCUAUUAUAUUAUUAUUAUAUUAGAACACAGCUUGUGAUUGAGCUGGAGGUUCCAUUUAAUUGAUGAAAGGGCAAGUCAACCCCAAAAUAAAAUUUUGCCAAAUAACAGAAAACAUAAGUCUGAGCAAUUUUGCGAUAUAAAUUCAUUACAAAUUUCCUAUGGUGUUACCAGUUAUUUGUAUAUGUAUUGCUAUUGCAAGCAGUGUCUGUCUGGCCCUCAGACUGUUGAUAUAAUGUAAGAAAAGGCAGCUGAUUAUCAGACUUGACUUUGCUGGGGAACUAAGACUUUUGUAACAUUGUUUAGAAAGUAACAACCAGGAAGCAAAUGCUGCUUUCAAUAGCAACGGUUUUUUAAAUAAUUUUAAAAGCACAAAACAUUUUUAAUUAAGGUAUAUUCGAAAGUUGUUUAAAAUUAUGUUUUCUUUUAAUCUAUUAGGCACAUUUUUAUUUUGGGGUUGACUUGCCCUUGCCUGUUUUACCAGUCACCAAGUUGUCAGUAGCUGUAUGCUCAUUUAUUUCAGUACUUUUACAAGUCUGUUACAACUAAAUAUCUCAGUCAGCAUCUGAUUUAUUAAAUUACAGGUAUGGGAUCUGUUAUCCGGAAACCCUUUUUCCAGAAAACUAUGAAUUACGGGAAGCUACAGACUCCAUUUUAAUUUCUGUAAUACUAAAACAGUACCUUGUACUUGAGGCCAACUGACAUUUAUUUCAAUUAAUCUUAAGUGGAGGCAAGUAAAUUGGGUUUAUUUAAUCUUUAAAUUGAUUUUUAGUAACCGAAAGGACAGAGAACCAAAUUAUGGAGAAACCCAUUAUCCAGAAAACCCCAGGUCCUGAGCAUUCUGCAUAACAGGUCUCAUACCUGCAUCAUACAGGUUAAUUACUUUUAAUUAUGAAUAAUGAAAUUGUGUGAUUGGUUAUACUAUAUAACCAGAAAGGUUUAAAAGCUUGGAAACAAGUGUAAACAAAACAAUUUGGCAACAAAACAAAUUCUGUGCAUAUGUCUUUGCCUUAAUUGAUAUAUCUUGUAGUCUGUUGUUAAUGGGGAGACCCUCCAGUCCUUAAGCCUGAAUCUUAUUUUGUCCAGUAACCCUUCAAAGGGAUUGUUCACCUUGAAAAACACUUUUUCCAGUUCAGUUGUUUUUAGAUUGUUCCCCAGAAAUAAAGACAUUUUUCAAUUACUUU